GUGCCUGUACGUGUUGCCCAUCCAUCUGAGAAUUCGCAGAUUUGCAUAUUUUUAUCAUCGAAAGAAGAGAAACACGAACACCAAAAUUGCACUAGAAACUUGUAGGAGAAGUAGCUAGUAGUACGAGAAAGCUGCUUGCUCAUCGAGGAUCAUUGCAUGGAAAUCGUGGACGCGGUUGUGGCCGGGAUGGACCACCACCCAGCGCCGCUUCUCGACGCAGGUCCAGUUCUGGUUCACUGGAACGCGAACAAUGCCAGCAGCAGACCACCGGCCGGAGAAGGAGAUGAUGCUGGAGCGGCUUUCUUAAUAUCGCAACUACAUCAAGAGCAGGACACUGUAGUUCCUGGGGCACCAGCUGCUCCCGUAGUUGGCACAACUGCCACGUCGCCACCCGAAGCUCCUACCGCACCACCAAGACCGGUCGAAAUAUUACCAGUGAGCAAGACACCGACAACCAGCCGGCUGGCUUUGUUGAAACGGAAGCAUCCCCAGCUCAGGAAGGUACGUGCAUGGUGGGUGAAAACCAAAAUUUUGGAUCUAAUGGAAUGCAACCCAACUCAUGCUAAAGAAGUUCAUCUCUUCAGGACCUAUACUGCACGGCAACCAUUAGCAACAUUAGAACUCGAACUUCGGAUGGUGCACAGUCGAUUUUAUUUCAAACUGAUCUAGUCUCGUUCUGAAACCAUGAAAAAAUAGGUCCAACCUCAGCAAGCGUCCGAUGCUGAGCACAACCUUCCGGCGCAGCGCGCCACGUGGGCCCCUGGUUCCGGAAUGGUGGCGCGUGGUGAGCAGGCGGGUGGAGAAACAUCUUUAUUGCAACCGGAGUAUGCAAUGCAAGAGUGUUGUACUACGUACAAAUCGCAUGACAAACCUUCUCAAGAACAAAAUUGAAGUAUGUCGUUUAUAUUCAUGCAGAACGCGGCGGCCAGAUUUGUGAUGCAUAAUUGCGACGCAUAUAGAUUUACUUUUCGUACGAGUGCGAUACUUUUGCAGUGCAUACGGAUCCGGCAGGAGCCGAGGAGGCUGUCCUUUCCUUGCCCGAGAGCCAGCAAACACUGAAGAACGUGAAGCCGGGGGAGUUGGCGUCAGUAGCUGCAGGACCUGCCAGCACAACAUCAACACCGGUCGGAGAAAUAAGCGGCACUAGCUGCGACCCUACUCCUGGUAAAAUUACCGCGACCAGCAUCUCCAACAAGGAAAACAACAAGCCGUCCCUCGCCCGGAUCCAAAACGCGCUGAACCACCAGCAGUUUCACACAAGGGCCCGGUCGGUCAGCUGCGGCGGCGGGGGCGGGGCGUCGAGUGGUCACUACAGGCAUGUGAAAAGCCGUGUAGAUUCGGGGAUGACCGGAGGGGCGGUGGGUGGAACCGCUGCUGCAGCACCCGGCGCUGGAGGAGCUCAUGGUCAACUACAUGCGGUCCAACAGCAGCCCCCGCCGCCGCAAAGAAGUGGAUCAUCCUCCUCUUCCUCCUCAUCCUCGUCCGGAGCGGCGGCAGUAGGUCGAAACAGUGGCGCGACAGGAGCAACUGCAGGAGGUAGAAGCAGUGACGUGAGAAGUAGAAGCAAAACACCGCGAACCAGCAGGAAUACUGCGGCUGGUGAUGCGCCCGCCACCACGAUGCCCGCGAGAAGUAGAAUGACCGGCGCGAAUGCGAAACAAGCGGAACCAUCAGUACAGGAAACAAGGGGCAUGUCUAAAGACAAGAAAGAAAUGAUCGCGGCCAAUCUCCGGGAUGUCAAAGCGAAAGUGCGGUCUAGAAGUUCGAAAACAGCAGCAGCUGCCCCAGGCAGGCCGAGCAACAAUUCUUCCUCCGUCGCGUCGUCGCCUACAGAAAUCGUGCCCCCGGGUGGAGAGUCGGAAGGACGUGUUGUGUCGCAGCAACGUGGCUCUCUUGUUCGUCCAAGUGUUCCUGUCAGUGAAAAGCAACAAGCCGGAGCAGCUGCUGCAGCUGCGAAUAAAGUGGAUGCAGAAGGGCCACAAGCUGCAUGUUCUGCAUCGCAGGCGCCGAUCAAGAAUCCUUGGGCGCGGAAGACUCGCCCGCUGAACGCGAGAGAUUUCCAGAAUAAACCCGGAACAGCAGCUGGUGUGCUGUCGAACGAAGAGGAUUAUUUCGAGGAGGUCGAUCCGUCCCUUGUGUUGGAGGAUCGGAUGGGGACGUCAAAAGGAACCGCGAGGCCGAGUGUGGAGGACGAGAAGACGGGUUCUCUGCUCACCAUGAACUACGUUGCCGACGGGGGAACUCUUCGAAAUGGUGGUGAAUUAGACAACAAUGACCUCGAAGAGUUGGUGUCUUGCACAGUCUCCGGCUCUACCCCGAUCCAUCUGCAGCGGACAAGCAGCCUGCGGAACAAAGCGUUUGGAGGUGGGUCUACGAAGGGGAACAAUAUUAAACCGAGCACUGCUGCCGUGGGGGUUGGUCCUCCGCCAGGUGGCACUUUGUUCGACCCCGAGGAUGUGCAUCAAGAUGAAACCGAAGCACCGACAUCCUCCAGUGCCUUAGCAUCAAGUUCGUCGUCGUCGGCGGAUGAGGGGCAGGCAACUGGUGCAGCCGCACGUGGUAAGACGCAAGCGCAACAGGAAGGGGAGGAAACAAGAAGAGCCGAAAAGCUCCUUCCGCACAGCGGUGACGCGGUGGCGUUGGACUUCGUAGGUGAUCCUUCCCCAGAAGACACGGCAACCACAGAUGAACGAGUCCCCGCUUCUGGUGCUCCGGCCCCAUUGCAACAGUUGACGAUCAAAAACAGCUCAAUAGUCACGACAGCCGGCGGCCCGCGAAUCAGCGGCGACACUGGAAGGAGGAUCAGUGGCGACACCGGGAGCGUGCAGCUCGGCUCGCCGAUCACGAACGCAGGAGGGGGUGGCGCGGAGAAUCAGGUAAUAGAGCACCAAGUCUUUUGAAGUGAGUUCACUUUUGAUGACUGCGCCAUACCAUCGUGCGUAAGAUUAUUCAGGGGGGGGAUGGCGAGCUUUAAAUAAGAAGCUGCAAUUCAUUUAUUUGACGCAUGUUGGGUUGGCAUUGACAAGGAAAGAAAGCAUCUUCUUUGAAUGAACAGCACUUUUUCUUCAUAUUCAGACACUCCUACCUCCAUUUGCCGCCUCGGGUUCGACGAUCGCCGCGAUCCCGAUGGGCACCAAUACCACAAUCGGAGCACCAGUCGAGCCACCACUAGAACCUUCGUCGGAACAUCUACCUACCCCCGCGGCCGAUUUUGCGACAGCCAACCACCCGAAUCUUCUCGCCAUGCCCGCGAAUCCCGACGACGAGCAGUUUCAAAUCGACCCAAACACCGGACUUUUGAUCCCAACCCGCGAAGAAACGCGGAUUGCGUGCCCCCACUGCAACCGAAAUUUUAACAAGGAAGCGGCCGCCAGGCACAUCCCGCGGUGCGCUGACAUCAAGCACCGGCCGGCGGCACGGAGCCUGCAGAAGAAGAAGUACAUCGUGGACAAGCUGGGGAGAAGAAUCGAAGUCAAAGAAAAGCCGGGCGCUGUUGGUGGUGGUAGCGGUGGUGGACCGGCUGCGGGAGGUGGAGCAGAGGAAGGUGAAGGCGCUGGCGUAGCGGCGAGAACUGCAAAAGGGAAAGGAAAAGGAAAAUCAGCAGCUCGAAACAAGCAGGAAACCAGCGUCAGUACGGCAGAGGCUGCGGGUAUAAUGAGUUACAAACAUUUUUUUUUCUUUGUUAUUGUUUGGCUGCUAAAGUAGUGUGUGAUGAAUGUGCACUAAACUGUGUGGUUGAGGGCAGCUUGUGGAUGCUGCACGCAGAAACAUUGCGCAUCUCGGUUCUUUGCGGACGUCACGCGUAGCUGCACUUUUGAUUGCCGAUUCAUCGUCGAUUCAUCGUAUUUCACAUCAUUCAAUCACCGGCGCUGGUCGUACUCAAAAUAAUUUGAAUUUCAUUUCGACUACAUCAAUGUGACAUCAACCAUUCUAUCCAGACCCCCCGGCGACCUCUUCCCUGAUUCCACCCGCCCUCGACAGUCAGUGGGGCCAAGUGCAGAUUCUCCUGACCGAGGGGAUUAACGCAGUGAACAGCAAGGAUCGAAUCGAUUCCACUCUCCAGCAGGCAGAACAGGGGUUGGAUUGGGUCCAGAACGUGGAAAAAAUCGCGAAACAGUCGGGCAUCAUGAAGGGCAAGCUCUCGCGCAUGCUGCUCCCCUUCAACAAAGACACCGACGCGAAAAACCAGGCGAACGUGAAGUCCGACCUGGGUUCGCCGGAACUCGACGCCUUGAACAUCCCGAUGGAGCAACGGAAGCAGAUGGUCAGACAGGCCUUGGCGGUGCGGAAAUUUUUGCGGGUGAAAGUUGCGGACGACGCGGACAUGGAUUUGUUAAAAGACAGUCUUUCCCUGAUCCUCGCGUUUUUCCAGAACUUGGAUCGGCUGAUGCUGUCUUUGAAGGACAAGAGUGUGAUCGAACCGAACAUGCAACGGGAUGAGUUUAUCUUGAAGAAGAUGGGCGUGCCCUUUGCGCACAAGUUCCGCGAGGGACCCCCGGCGGGAGGAAAGAGCAUCUUCGAAAACGAUCGGGAUUACUUCAAGUAUUGAGAACGCAGGACAACAUUGUUGUUGUUGGGCUGGUGUAUCGCAAUGAUGUCAAUUCUUUGGCAGACUUACGAUUGUCUUGCGUGCUGCAGCUUUCGAUAUAUUACACUAGUGCUUAUCCUUAUCUAUCCACUUGUUCCACCGUGUCAAGAAAAGGACGAGGACUUGAUGAAAUGAAUGCUAUUAUACUGAACUCACACGAAUCUUCUGAAUUGAGCUUGUGCUGUCUCUACUGUAAACUACUCUACACUCGUCCUACUUCAGCAUGCGCGAGCUUUUUUUCCUAAAAUUUUCUGCUUCAAUUCAAGAUUUGCUAAAACGCACCCUCUUUUGAAAUGCAAAAACUUCUGAAGUUUGUUGACAAGCACAAGCAAAACCGGAGAAAGGCCGACAAGUACUGACCUCUAAGAUUGUAGUAGUUGGACUGAUUAACGAGGUACUUAAAAACGGCACCACAU